AUGGCGAAAUCUGUCAGUGAGCUUUUGCGGGAAGCUGCCGCGGCAUUAGAACGUGGAAGAAACAACCAGCCUGACCAGCAUGCGUCAAACCCUCGGCCCACUGCAGUUCCUCGGCAUGAGUCGCGGGCAUCUUCAGUUGCCAGAGAAACUGUUCAGAAUAAGCACUGCACAUCUGAAGAAUUCAAAUCCACAUUGCUUUUGGAGUUUCCAAAACUGAAAGAUGGUGGGGGGUUUGACUUGCUCAGACCAUAUGGGGCCACGAGGACAAAAACUUUGCAAGUCAUCCCCUGUCCAUCAGAAGGGUAUACACCACAUUAUCUUCAAGACACCAUUGGAAUACAUGCAGCAAUUGUGUAUAUAAGGCCUCUCCAGAAAGACCUUGACAUGGAAUCGUGUGAACCUAAAUGUGGAUCUGGGCCACCUGUACAGUGCAUUUACUGUGAUGAAACAUUUAGCCACGCAGAAAUUCAGGACCACGUGGACAAAUGUAUCUUGUCUGCAAAAAAGAAGAGAAUUGAAAGAGACGAAAACAGCAGAGGUCAAAACUGUGACAGGCAGGAGAUUAUUGACCUUGAAGUCAGUGACGAGGUUUUAGAAGAGACCUGUAGCAGCAGACAAGAGCAUGAAGAGCAGGUUUCAGAAAGGAGUCAUAGCAGCAGAGAGCAGCGUCAUGAUCCUGCUUUUGAAGGGACGAGUAGCAGGAGACUAGAUAGCGGAAAUUUGAAAUUCAGCAGUGAGGAUACUGAAGACUGGAGAACUGAGCCUGAUUUGAACCGUGUCGCUUACAUAUUUAGACGUUCUCUACUGCAAGAAGUGGAGGAUCAGCCAGAUCUUGUGGCAAAGAUGGAUCUACGUAAAAGUCCCGAAGAGAGAGAGCGAGAAAUACUGACAUUUUACAAAAAUCCAGUGACUAACUGGGCACGUCCAUUGUCUGUUCUACUUGGAGGUGAUUCUGCCUUUGGAGAUGGGGUAAAACGCCAUUUUCUCUCCUUUGUUAUGUCAAGAGUACAAUACGGAUUUGGCCUAAAUCUGGAAAACUGUGGUAAAACAUUGUUCUUUAAUGGACAAGAAGACCAUUUGGUGCCUUCCACUUCUCGGCUCUUACUGGAUAGUGACCUUUUCCGAGUCAUUGGGCGCAUGAUUGGACAUUCCUUCCUACACGGUGGACCCUUAUUCACCGGUUUGAGUCACUCAUUUUUUAAUCUGUUGAUUGGAGAGAAGGAUGAGAUUGCUGUUGUUGAACUAAAAGACUGCCCUGACACCGAUGUGACUGAUAUCGUUUUACUUCUUCAAGGGUCUGGAAAUUUGACCAAAGAUGAAUGUGACCAAGUAAAUAACUUGGCAAUAAACUGGGAUCUCCCACCAGUAAAUGAUAACAACAGAAAAUGGUUGGCACAAAGCAUCCUUUACCAUGCAGUCAUUGGUCGGAGGGAAAAGCAAAUUCGACAGAUCAGACUGGGGUUAAAAGACACAGGAGUCUUGCGCAUGAUCAAAGAACGGCCUGCCCUGAUUGAUGUCCUAUUUCCAAGGGCGUCAGCUCAAAUUAUUGAGCCAGAGAUGAUCCUUGACAGAAUUAUAUGGCCAACAGUUGACAGUGAUGAUGAAGACUAUGGUUGCUUUAGUCUGGAGGACACAUUCAAGAUAACUGGUUUCUUUCGUCAGUACAUUGAAAAUGGUACACCAGAAGAGCUGAUGCAACUCAUUCAGUUCUGGGUGGGUUGGGGAAUUCCUCCUCAGAAUCUGCAUGUAGAGGUGUCCUCUGAUGUUGCAAUGCCAACUGCAUCUACUUGUAGAGAAACCAUUAAACUCCCAGCAAAAUAUAGCACUUAUGAGAGUUUCCAUAAGGACCUGAAAGCUGCUGUAUCAUCCACAGAGGGUGGGUUUGGUUUGGUGUAAUUAUCGUUCUGUGUACUAAUAUGUAACUUCAGUUUAAGUAACUUUUAGAGUUAAAGUUAUAGUUCACCCUUAAAGUUACACUAUCUAAAGGUCACAGAUAAAACUACAGGUUUGCUUUUUU